ACGUAAUUUUUUAAAACUGAUGAGAGUCGGCCUUACUUUUACUCUUUUACCAAUCGAACCAAGUAGGCUUAUAUUUUUGCUUUACUUUCAGAAGUUGUUUUUGCUUUUCUGUUCUGUUUAAAUCUGCAAUUAUGUCACAAGCAUCGUUCAAAGUAGCUGACAUUUCUCUGGCCGAAUGGGGCCGAAAAGAAAUCAAUUUGGCCGAAAUUGAGAUGCCAGGUUUGAUGAAACUGAGAGCUCUGUAUGGUCCCAGUAAACCACUGAAAGGAGCUAGAAUUGCGGGAUGCUUGCAUAUGACGUUGCAAACUGCAGUUUUGAUUGAGACUCUAAUUGAACUCGGAGCCGAAGUGCAAUGGAGCAGCUGCAAUAUCUUCUCCACUCAGGAUCACGCUGCUGCCGCAAUCGCAAAGGCAGGUAUCCCAGUGUACGCAUGGAAAGGCGAAACAGAAGAGGAAUAUAUCUGGUGUAUCAAACAGACACUGUUGUUCAAAGAUGGCAAGCCUCUCAACAUGAUCUUGGACGAUGGUGGAGACCUGACAGCUAUGGUCCACAAGGAGUAUCCUCAAUACCUCCCUGAGAUCAAAGGGUUAUCAGAAGAGACCACAACAGGUGUCCACGCUCUGUAUAGAAUGGCCAAGAACGGAGAACUUAAAGUGCCGGCUAUCAACGUUAACGAUUCGGUAACGAAGUCAAAGUUCGACAAUCUGUAUGGAUGUCGUGAGUCUCUAGUCGACGGAAUCAAACGAGCGACAGGUGUCAUGUUGGCAGGCAAAGUAGCUUUUGUGGCAGGCUAUGGAGACGUUGGCAAGGGCAGUGCACAGAGUCUGAGAAGCUACGGAUGUCGAGUUAUUGUCUCUGAGGUCGACCCAAUCAAUGCAUUGCAAGCUGCUAUGGAAGGAUACCAGGUCGACAUUAUCAACGAUGUAGUGUCUCAGGUUGACAUUUUUGUGACUGCGACUGGCUGCUCCGGAAUCAUCACCUCAGACAUGUUCUCCAAAAUGAAGGACUACGCCAUCGUCUGCAACAUCGGACAUUUCGACUGCGAAAUUGAUAUUGCGGGUCUCAAUGCGUUGGCGGCUAAGAAGGAUGAAGUGAAGCCACAAGUGGACUUGUACACUCUACCCAAUGGCAAACACGUGAUAGUCCUGGCAGAGGGCAGACUGGUCAAUCUGGGCUGUGCCGCCGGACACCCUAGCUUCGUCAUGAGCAACUCAUUCACCAACCAGGUGUUAGCUCAGAUUGAGUUGUGGUGCAACCCGAACAAGUACAAGAUCAAUGAAGUGGUCACUCUGCCGAAGAGUCUGGACGAACAGGUGGCCAUGGCACAUCUGGACAAGAUCGGAGUGAAACUGACGAAACUGAGCAAGGAACAGUCCGAGUACCUCGGCAUCCCACAAGACGGACCCUUCAAGCCAGACUACUACAGAUAUUAGAUUUGGAAAGUUAAGACAAAAACAAGACAUCUGAAAAAAACGAACGAAGUAUAUCACAACACACUGGGUUCCAUUGACCAACAUAGUGAAAACUAUCUGAAUUGAAGAAGUUGACUAGUGUCUGUUGUAUUUUCUGCUAUAAUAUUGUAUAAAUCGUUUAUCAAUUGAACUGGUGUUUAAUUGUUAACAUAUAUUGUAUGCCAAUUAUGGUUGAUUCUCAUUUGAUAUUGAUAUGUUGUGAUCUUA